UUUGGCUUUUUUCCAAUUUCAAUUUAGGGCUUUUCUCUCUUACGUCAUUUUUGAUUGGUUCAGUGGUUAAUAGGACUUCAAUUGUGUUCGGUCCACCUUUCUCAUGGCGAAGGAUAGUUGCCUUGCUCGGGUCACCGCUGGCUUUGCAGUUGGUGGUGCUGUUGGCGGCGCUGUCGGUGCUGUUUAUGGGACAUACGAGGCUAUUAGGUAUAAGGUACCGGGAUUUUUGAAAAUUAGGCAUAUUGGACAGACCACACUGGGAAGCGCUGCUGUUUUUGGUCUUUUCUUGGGAGCUGGAAGCUUGAUACAUUGUGGGAAGUCAUACUAAUUACUGAGUUCAUGAACAUUUUCUUCUUCCCUACUGGCAGAGGCUUGCUUAUGAGCUCAAAUCUGGCAUCCAUGGAAAUUAUGAGUAGAUCAGUCAUGGGGAUUUGCUUUGCUUGGGUUUUAUAGGCCUUCCAUAAGGUUUAGUGGCACCUUCUUGUUCAGUGUGAAGUUUUGUUAUGUAUUUAUCCUUUGAUAUUGCCCUUGAAUUUUUCUUUUCAAGGGCGUUCUGUGUAUUUUUGAUUCAAUACUCUUUCUUUCAUGGUGAUACUGUAUUUCUUUGCAGUGAAAAGUAGUCUCUGGGUCACUACUGCUCUUACAACCCUUUCCUUCCCCAGUA